GCAGCGAUAGCAGAGAAAAGCAUAAUAGUUUAAAACGGCGCCGUCCUGUUUCCCGGCAGAUCAUACUACACUGACGACCAUACUCCUACGACGUCGUCUUCUGCUUCUCCUGAAAGCCCUCCCCUAAUUCCAGUUUGGCGCGUUCACCGAAGAUUUCAGAGACAAUGACGCAGCGUCCUCUUCGUCCUAGGGUUUCCAAUUCCCUCUCUUUCAGCUGAACAUUCGCCACAGUUCUCAGAACACGGACGGCAACGACAUGUCUUCUGAUGAAGUCAUUGCAGAGUUGAUUGGAAUGGGAUUUGAGUUUUCUGAUGUUACCGAAGCGAUAGAAGCCGUGGGUCCAAAGUUGAAUGAUGCAGUUGAGUUUAUUUUAAAUGGUUCCCACAGGAAAAGUAAGCACGCAUCAAGUAGUUUUAAAUGUUCAACUAGCAACAAGAAAGCACUGGGCAGAAAAACCAUGUCAUCACCAGGUUCUUUGCGACAAUUGAGCAUAAUGGAACAUCUCAAACCAGCAGCUAGACCAAAACGAAGCAGGACCAGUGUCAAACCCGAUGUAUUGGUCUCUGGAUCAGAGGUCUCACCCAAGUUUGUGGAAGGACCAAAUGAAACUCUUCCUGUUUUGGAUUCUAAUCGAAAACCCACUGCACAAAUGCCCAUGCUUCCAUCUUACUGGAAUAAAGAAUUGGACAUUGGACCAGACUGGGAGCAGAAAGUCAAUGGUCUGUUGCACAAGCAUUUUGGAUAUUCAUCUCUGAAGAGUUUCCAAAAGGAAGCCCUGGCUGCUUGGUUAGCUCACCAGGACUGUCUUGUUCUUGCCGCAACAGGGUCUGGGAAAUCUUUGUGUUUUCAGAUUCCAGCAUUGCUAACGGGGAAGGUUGUGGUUGUGGUUUCACCCUUGAUAAGUUUGAUGCAUGAUCAAUGCUUAAAGCUGGCAAAACAUGGGGUGUCAGCCUGCUUUCUUGGAUCUGGACAAACUGACAGUAGUGUUGAGCAGAAAGCAAUGAGAGGCAUGUAUGGAAUUAUUUAUGUCUGCCCAGAGACAAUUUUAAGACUGAUAAAACCACUUCAGAGCCUUGCAGAAAGCCGCGGAAUUGCACUAUUUGCAAUUGAUGAAGUUCAUUGCGUUUCAAAGUGGGGUCAUGAUUUCCGACCUGACUACAGGCGAAUGUCUGUAUUGAGGGAGAGCUUCAGAGCUGACAAUUUGAAAUUCUUAAAAUUUGACAUACCAUUGAUGGCACUGACUGCUACUGCUACUGUUAAUGUUCGAGGAGACAUUUUGAAGUCAUUGUGCAUGUCAAAGGAAACAAAGAUUGUGCUUACUUCAUUUUUCCGGCCAAAUCUUCGGUUUUCAGUAAAGCAUAGUAGAACAUCUUCUCCAUCUUCUUAUGAGAAGGAUUUUUGUGAAUUGAUAGAUGUAUACACCAGGAAGGAAAAGUCUUAUAAGAAGAAACAGAAUAUGAUCUCACAAGAUCAAGGAGAUGCUUCUGAUAAUUCGACUAGCAAUCUGUAUGGUAGCAUUUAUGAGGCAGAUCAUGGGGAUAGUAUUGAAAAUGAUCCGUCUUUUGGAAGUGAUGAUGAAGUAAGUUUUAGAAAGGGAAGUUGUUCUACUUCUUCAAAGGAGAAGGAAAUGUCUGUGGAAUAUCUAGAAGAUGAAUGCGACCUCUUCCAGGGUGUAGAUGAUUUGGAUGUUCCCUGUGGUGAAUUUUGUGGGCAAUUACCUGCCAAGGACUGGAAUUUUUGUGGGUCAUCCGAGAACAAUGAUUUACUGAACAUACCGGAAGAAAGACUAAAACUUCUGCAAGUGCCUUUGGGACAAGGAUGUACAAUUAUAUAUGUACCUACAAGAAAAGAAACAUUAAACAUAGCAAAGUUUCUUUGUCGGUUUGGUGUAAAGGCAGCUGCUUAUAAUGCAAAGCUUCCAAAAUCACAUCUGAGGCAGGUGCACAAGGAAUUCCAUGAAAAUGCGUUACAGAUUGUUGUUGCAACAAUUGCUUUUGGUAUGGGGAUUGACAAGUUAAAUGUCCGAAGAAUUAUACAUUAUGGCUGGCCUCAGAGUUUGGAAGCAUAUUACCAAGAAGCAGGUCGAGCUGGAAGGGAUGGGAAAUUAGCAGAUUGCGUAUUAUAUGCAAACAUAUCAAGAACUCCGACACUUUUGCCAAGUAAAAGAAGUGAAGAUCAGACAAAACAAGCUUACAAGAUGUUAUCUGAUUGCUACAGAUAUGGAAUGGCUACUUCAAGUUGUCGAGCCAAAAUUCUUGUGGAGUACUUUGGAGAGCAGUUUAGCUAUGAGAAGUGUCUCUUGUGUGAUAUCUGUGUGAAUGGACCUCCUGAAAAGCAGAAUUUAAAGGCUGAGGUAGAUAUUUUCAUGCAAGUUGUGGCCACUCAUUAUGCACAAAGCAGUUUUGCAGAUGGAUCAAAUGACAUUUUAACCCGUAAUGGUAAUAAACGAGAGAGAUUCAUGGAGAAACCAAAUAUUCGAAUGUUUGUUAGCAAAAUAAGGGAACAGUUUCUAAAAUUUUCAGCAAGCGAUUUUCUAUGGUGGCGAGGUCUUGCUCGGAUUUUAGAAGAUAAAGGGUUCAUCAGAGAGGGAGAUGACAUGACUCGUGUUCAGAUAAAAUUUCCAGAGCCAACAGAAUUGGGGUUGGAACUUUUAAGUUGCCGAGAGGAGCAAUCAUUCGAUGUGUACCCUGAAGCAGAUAUGUUGCUUUCAAUGAGAACCCCCAAAUCUUUUUCCACUUUCUCAGAAUGGGGAAAAGGCUGGGCUGAUCCUGAGAUACGUCGUCAGCGCUUAGAAAGGAGGAGAUCUGGAAGAAAUCCACGCAAAAGAAAAUCAAGAAAACAAAAUCCGGAUAUUAGAACAGUUCGAGGAAGGUUAGCUGCAAAACUCUCAAAACAAUCAUGAAACCUCGGCAAUUAAAUUAUUUCACCUUUGCAAUAUAUGUUUUCUAGCAAUCAAUGGGUUGUUUCUUAUCCUUGCUUAUCAAUUCAUUUGAAUUCCAAAGAUCAAAACUGUUAAGGUGUAUUUCAGAAUUAAUUUGAAGUGGCAAAAAUUUUGUUGAUUU